AUGUCUUCAGGAGGAGCCGAAGCUGCUGGAUGCCCUGUUGAUCAUGAAGCUCGCCAGGCAUGGCUAGACCAGGCUAAAAAGGCGAGAUCUCAAGACGCUCCACCACCUCCGCCGCAAGCGACGCCCUCGCCGCCGAUACCAAACAACAGUCCUCAUGACCUCCGCCAGAUCCCUAACAUGUCUAUGAUGUCACCAGCCCAACGUGGUGCCCUCGACACUUUCCGCGAAAUCUCGACGAUUCCUCGUGCUGGUACUGCCGAGGGUCACGAUGCUGCCGCCACCACACAUAGCCCGGCAAACAACGAGCAAGAGUCAGGCGUUGACGAGAAGAGUGGAAACUGGGUCUACCCGUCCGAGGAGAUGUUCUUCAACGCCAUGAAACGCAAGAACUAUGAUCCCGAGGCCGCCGACAUGCGCACAAUCGUACCCAUCCACAACGCCGUCAACGAGCAGGCAUGGAAGGAAAUCAAGGCUUGGGAAAAGGGCAGAGGUUCUGAAGCAUGUGGUGGUCCUCGUCUGGUCUCAUUCAUGGGCCAAUCCAAGGAACUGACUCCUAGAGCACGCUUCAACUCUAUCUUGGGCUACUCCAAGCCCUUCGACAGACACGACUGGAUUGUUGACCGUUGCGGCACCCACAUUGACUAUGUCAUCGACUUCUACGCCGGCAAGAAUGAGGGCAAGCCUGGCAAGUCUCUCAACUUCUACCUUGACGUACGCCCAAAGCUCAACAGCUGGGAAGGAGUCAAGAUGAGAGUUGAGAAGUUCUGGGGAUUGUGA